AUGUGCAUAAAAAUGGAUACGGAAAGAUCGGAGACAGCUGAACACAUCGCCGUCACCGGCCUCACAAUUGAAUGGAAUGCAAAGGAAAGACUGGCCUCAUGUGGGGAAAGCAUGAGGAAAAGGAAGAUCAGCGGAGCUGUGGAUAUCCUCUUUCAAAGAGACCUGCUGAACCGGAGAUCGGAAGAGAAAAGAGUCAGCGAUACUUUCGCGUACUGGCCGAGCAGACUCGGGGAUUCAACGAAUAGAUCUAAAAGAAGACGCUUUCACUCAGGACAACAGUUCAACAACAGGAAGAGACAUCACCAAGGCGCGGCUUAUGAGGAAAAAAGGGAAGAGGCGUCUGUAGUGGGAGGAAUCAGACAUGGAAUUGGCCAAAAAUGUACCCAGAUGGUUCACAUGUGA